GUCACACUCUGGUCAGCGAGCCUGCAGUAACCUCUGUGGGUGGUGCUGUCUGCUGGACCAUGGGCGAUUCACGGGAGGGGAAACUAAGGCACAGAUAAGUGACUUGUCGGGGUGGCCUGCUCCCCUUGGGCACUUACACUAGAUCGGGUUUGGGACCUGUUGGCCCACAGGGUCGGUAAAACUGAAUGUGCCUCAGGGUGGAAGCUUCUGGCCAUGCGUCAAAGCAAGUGCUGACGCCGAGCCCCGGAACUAUUGUCCUUUGUGAGGUGGCCCUGGGAGCUGGCAACGGAUUCCGAUCUGGGGGAGGGGUGGGCAAAAGCCUGACCAGGGCCUGUGUAGGAGAUGGUUCUCGCCAUGAUGGGGGCUCUGUACCCCAGGGCUGGGCUCAGUCUCUUCCUCUUGUACCUCAUCCUGGCGGCGGCUCUCCUUCGCCCCCAGCCCCUGAGGUCUCAGCGGUCUGUUCCUGAGGAGUUCUCCGCCCCGCUGGAACUCUCGCAGCCACUUUCCGGACUGAUGGAUGACUAUGGGGUCCGACCCAAGCACCCUUGGCCACGAGGGCCUCGGCCCCUCCUCUCCCAGGCCCAGCAGCGCAAGCGGGACGGGCCAGACAUGGCUGAGUAUUACUACGAUGCACACCUGUGACAGGAGGCCCGCAUAAAGAUAUUCUGUGCA